AUGUGCUAUGACAUGUUUUACUGUAGUAAAGACUCUAGCAUUUAUUGUGCUUCUGUUGUGUACCGUCAGGCAAGCUCUAUAAGAUCAAAACUGACGCAUUUUCCACAACCUACAGCGGCCAAGGUUACAGCGGAGACAGCCUCUGUGUACCCUACUGACCACGACACUGGAUCUGUUGGAGAUUACCUGGACUUCGGCAUCUACCCAACAACCUCAGUAUUUCAACGUGAAAAUCACAAGGCAGAGCUUCAAGAUGCUUUGGGAUUAUUCUGGCACUUAUUUCUAAUCUCUGCGGUGACAGAGAGGGCAUUCGGCAGUGCCGUUCUCUACGACAAUGGCUACGAAGGAAUCGUGGUAGCAAUCGGCGAUCAAGUCGAGCAGAACGAUACCAUCGUCGAUAAUAUCAAGCGGAUGUUCCAGGAAGGUUCCAAAAUACUGUAUGAGGCAACCAGACACAGAGCAUACUUCCGAGAAGUUACAAUCGUUGUACCAGCAACAUGGAAACAUAAGGAUGAAUACAUGCAAACUCAAAGUUCUGGAUGGCUCUCAGACGCCGAGAUUCGCGUUGACAAACCCCACCCAGCAUAUGGCUCGGAGCCAUACACUCUCCAGCUGGGCGGAUGUGGCGAACCUGCCGACUAUACGCACCUGGCAGACACCUACGCUACUGAAAUGUACAACGAAAUGCUGGAUAAGUAUGGACCCCCAGGAAAGGUCUUAGUACAUGAAUGGGCACAUCUACGAUGGGGUGUUUUUGACGAAUACGGGACCCAAGGAACGUUGUUCCCAACUUUCUACAUCGGAGAAGAUCUUCAAGUCCAUUCAACAGGAUGUACGGAGGGCCUGACGGGUUGGCUCCUGAAGGAGGACGGCAGUAAAUGUCAGGCGGACACCACAGGGCUGCCAGACUCCAAGUGUCACUUCUAUCCUUCAACGGAGAAGAAUGUCAACGGUUCGCUCAUGAGUUUUCACUUCUUGGAUUCGGUGACCCAAUUCUGCGACGACGAGGACAUUCCCCACAACCCCUUUGCCCCAAAUCCUCAGAAUCUGAGGUGUGAUGGCAAGUCCACCUGGCAAGUCAUAAGCAGACAUGAAGAUUUCAGAGACAGCAAUCCCCCGAGGAGCAAGCGUUCGAUCCCAGACCUAACCCCAAAAUUUCAGGUCAUCCAAGAACAGCCAAAACAGAAGCCCAGAUUCAUACUUCUGCUCGACCUCUCUGGGUCUAUGGAGAUGUACAUGACUGUCUUCUAUCAGGAGGUGGUGAGGUUCGUCAGAGACUUAAUUCCAACAGGCAGCCAGAUAGCUGUCGUGUCUUUUGCAAAUGUCUCUCGCAUAGAUGUCGACUUCACCGAAGUGACCAACAGCAACAGAGAGGACAUUGUGCAGAGACUUCCGAAGACUUAUACUGAUGGAGGGUAUACAGCCAUAGGAGCAGCCAUGAUAACAGUCCUUGAGCUAGUCGAACGCUCAGGCAUCACCAGCGACGGCCUCAUGGUCGUUCUCAUCACAGAUGGUGAAGAGACUAUUCCUCCUUUGGUGAGCAAGGUCCUUCCAGACAUAAAAGAGCAUGGCAUCAUCAUCAACACUGUCUCUUUAGGUCCAAAUGCCACUAACAACUUGGAACUGUGGGCCUCUGAAACAGGAGGUAGAAGCUACUACCAUAGGACAGGUUAUUUAAGUUCUGCCUCUACACUGGAUGCUCUUCUUCUCGACUCAAUAAGCAAGUAUACGGAGACCAGCGAUGAACUCCUUCAGGUUUACCGAGAUGUUGUGAGAGUUAAAGCAGGGGAGUCCAACUUUAAAGAAGGAGAAGUUACCCUCGACUCAAGUGUGGGCCACCUAACAAAGUUUUCCUUCACGGAGAAUAUUCCACUCUAUAACUCAUUUUCCAUUGCAGUAAGCCUUAUAUCUCCUGACGGUGAGAUAUAUAAAAACACUAGUGGACCACUUAUAUACAGUGAAGACCCAUACACAAGAACUAUAACUUUCUCCUUAACAGAAGCUAAGGCUGGUCGAUGGGUAUACAAUAUAACAAGCUUCCCUCCAAAACAUGAAUAUAUAUUAACCGACGAUGUCCUGAUAGCUGUGACCUCCUAUCCCCGUAACAAGGCUCCAGAAGAGCCCAUAAGGGUGAAGGUGUGGAUGUCUGCCAAUGACAUCCAGUUCCCAGAGCCAGCGCCUGUCUAUGCAUUGGUCAGCCAGGGAUACAGCAUCGUUGUCAAUGCAAACGUGACUGCCAUUGUCGAUCCACCUACCAGCGACUCGGCCAUUAGUCUACCCUUAUUUGAUGAUGGUGUUGGUGCUGACAUCCAGGAGGGGGAUGGAAUUUAUUCUGCCUACUUCACGCAGUUUUCCGGCAACGGUCGCUACAGUCUCUCAGCUGUUGUCUCCACGACCAACCUUACGGCUAAGUUGUUGGGCAGCGAAACAGAAAGCUUAACCUUGAAACCAGGGCAUCCCGGAAGCAACGCCAUACGAGUAAUGGAGAUACCUGUGCCCGAGAAUACCCUGCCAAUGCCCGCUGAUUCAGUCUUCCAUGUCAAGGAUUUGGACCCACCGACAUCUAGCGAAGGUGAAGGCAGAAGUAACAAGGACCUUAACAAAGUUUCAGUAGAGCCCUUCACUAGGUUCACGUCAGGUGGAAUCUUCAAGGUCAACAACUUCCAACCAGGUGACUUGCAACCUCCUGGGAGGGUCACAGAUCUAGAAGUGUUGUCCAUCUCUCUCUAUGAAGCCACAGUGAAGCUGAGGUGGACGAGUCCUGGCGAUGAUCUGUAUCACGGGAAAGCGAGCGUGGUUGAUCUGCGAUACCACGACACAGCAAAAAUCCAUUAUAACUUCGGCAUCGGUCACAGGAUCAACCAGACGCACUUGUCAGAGGGAAAUCUCAAGCCACUGGACGCUGGGUCGCCCCAUGUUCUCACUGUUCAGAUGCUAGAGAGGAGUCUGGAAGAUCUUGAAAACCACGCCUUCUUCUUCUGCGUCCGCGCAAGAGACGAGGUCGGGAACUUGGGCAAUAUUUCUAAUGUUGCAAGAGCCUAUUUCCCCUUCAGAGAAUAUGCAAGAAACAAAAAGGAGGAGCAAAGAGUGAACGCAAUGGCGGGUCUUGUGGUAAUCAUAGUCAUCGUGAUCAUGAUCGUGGCCAUUGCUGCUUUUAUCGCCAUUGUCAAACUCCUACACUUUCGAAACAAGAAGAAGAAACGAACACAGGAACUCAAUGAGAGUGGCUAUCGAUACUACAGUAGAACAACAAAAUAA